AACCCACAAAACAAUAGGAGGUGCGGUGAAGUACACACGUCUGUGGAAUUUUUAAUUAAAAAAUUAUAAUAAAUAAGUGUUAGUGUUAUUUUGAUAAAGGAUUAACAUAUACGAAAAUGAGUAACAGCGUUGGAUUACGAUUUCCGGUAUGGGAUAUGGCAAAAAGUCAAUACGAUGAAGUGGAUACCCUACCACUCAUGGCCACACCAGGUCCAAUGCUGAUGAUACUAGCAGCGUAUCUUCUCUUCGUGUUGAAGAUCGGACCCUCGAUCAUGACGAAACGGGAACCGUACAAGCUAACAAUCACACUCCUUCUGUAUAAUGUGUUUCAAGUUGUGCUGUCAGCGUACAUGGUGCAAAAGUAUGUAUCGAUGCUACUUACAAAAGGCUUUGCACCCACUACAUGUUACAUGCACGACAAAAAAGAGAGAGAACAGAUACUAUUCGACAUAUGGGUAUACUUCGCAGCCAAAGUGACCGAAUUGCUCGACACUGUAUUCUUCGUGCUCAGGAAGAAAGAUAGUCAGGUUACAUUCCUGCAUCUCUACCACCAUUCCAUAAUGAUGUUUGGUACCUGGAUGUAUUUGAAAUACUGGCCAUCCUACACUCUGUACUUUAUUGGAUUCCUGAAUGCUCUAGUCCAUGUGUUUAUGUACACGUAUUAUGGGUUGGCGGCGUUGGGACCAAAGGUCGCGAAGUACAUUUUCUGGAAGAAGUACAUGACACGAUUUCAAUUGAUACAAUUCGUCUGCAUAAUAAUACACUAUAUUAUAGCCGUGAAUCGUACAGAGUGUCCCCCAGCCAAAGGCGUCGCUCUGUUCGUGGCUUGCAACACUUCCUUCUUCAUGUUCCUAUUCCUGAACUUCUAUAGACAGAACUACAAGACCAGCAUCAUCAAAUUGGACGGUACUAGAGGAUGUUUUGGAUUAGUAGCUGUUAAGAAGGAGAGACCAGUAGAUAGUCAGAAGAGUCAAUAGCCUCGUGUUCGAUUUAGUGCUUAGUGAAUUGUGAUAAGAGUGAUAAGGAAUUAUUUAUGUCCAAAGAAUGUGCGUGUUUGUAGCUUUGUGCUGAAAUUAUUGGUCGUAUUUUAAUUUGUUUUUAAAGUUGAAGAAGAUAGUUAACAAGUCAAUAGUUGGAUGAUAUUUUGAUGAUGAAAAUUAAUUUAUAAAAAACACACAUGUACAUUGUGUACAUGUGUGGAUAUGUGUAACGAGGAAUAAAGAUAUUGUACGGUAGACUGUAUGUUGGUCUACAAAAAAAAAUCCAGAAUUAGUGUCAAUGUAUAAUUAUAGUCACAACUUAUAGGUAUUAGAAAAAUUACCAACAAUUGCUAUGGACUUGAAUUAUUUGUUCGAUUUUUUUUUACAAAAUAUAUUUAUGAACGUAACUUUACGAUAAACACAACCAAUUAUUGACGGUUAUUAAUCUCAUUAAUUAUUAUUAAGAUAUGUGUAUGUUGAUAUUUUCUUAUUUCUUCAAUUAAUUAAAUUGUUCGGUAAUUUACACCUUCAAAUAAGUUUAAUUGCGAUAAUGUUUUAUUUUAUUACCGACAUUUUAAAAAGCAGGCAUGAAUGAAGUAUGUAUUAUUUUUUCUAUAUAAAUAUGAAAAAAAGGAAAGUAAAAAAUAUUUCAUGUUUUUCGCCUUGCAAAACGAUAUUUAUUUAGACUUUAACUGAAUAAUAAUAAAUUUGAAGCAUAUUUGUUUUUCAGAUCGCAUUGAUAGGUGAUAAAAUAAAACAUUUUUUAUUUUUUUAUAAUAUUUAUGUGAUUAAUAUUUUAUUUUGAUAAUUUUGAAUUCAAAUGAAGGAUAAAUGUCAGUUUCAGGUAACACUAAAAAAAAUAUAAAAAAAAUUGCAAUAGUUUCAUAAAUAUUUGAAUUCUUUAGUCUUUGUAUUAUUUAUUUUAAUGUAAAUGUAGAUUAAUUAUUCAGCACUGGUUUUGUUGAAAUCAUGUAAUGAAUUUAACGACAAGAGAAUUGUCAAGUGUGAUUAAUGAUUAUGUUUAGUGAUAUUAAAUUAAUAUUUUUAUUUA